CCUGCAGUCCGAGUACCACUACGAGUACACUGCGUGUGACAGCACGGGUUCCAGGUGGAGGGUCGCCGUGCCACACACCCCAGGCCUGUGCACCAGCCUCCCCGACCCGGUCAAGGGCACCGAGUGCUCCUUCUCUUGUAAUGCUGGGGAGUUUCUGGAUAUGAAGGACCAGUCAUGCAAGCCAUGCGCCGAGGGCCGCUACUCCCUGGGCACGGGCAUCCGGUUCGACGAAUGGGACGAGCUGCCCCACGGCUUUGCCAGCUUCUCGGCCAACAUGGAGACUGAUAACAGCGCCACUGCGUCCACUGAGAACUGCACGUCGUCCAAGUGGGUUCCCCGUGGCGACUACAUUGCGUCCAACACGGAUGAGUGCACUGCCACGCUGAUGUAUGCUGUCAACCUGAAGCAGUCGGGCACCGUGAACUUUGAAUAUUACUACCCAGAUUCCAGUAUCAUCUUUGAGUUUUUCGUUCAGAAUGACCAGUGCCAGCCCAGUACAGACGACUACAGAUGGAUGAGGACCACAGAGAAAGGAUGGGAGUUCCACAGCGUAGAACUCAAUCGAGGCAAUAAUGUCCUCUACUGGAGAACCACGGCCUUCUCAGUGUGGUCACGGGCCCCCAAGCCCGUGCUGGUGAGGAACAUCGCCAUCACAGGGGUGGCCUACACCUCGGAAUGUUUCCCCUGCAAACCCGGCACGCACGCGGCCAAGCAGGGCUCCUCUUUCUGCAAGCUUUGCCCAGCCAACACUUAUUCAAACAAAGGAGAAACUUCUUGCCACCAGUGUGACCCUGACAAGUACUCAGAAAAAGGAUCUUCCUCCUGCAAAGUGCGCCCAGCCUGCACAGACAAAGAUUAUUUCUACACACACACGGCCUGUGAUGCCAACGGAGAGACACAGCUCAUGUACAAAUGGGCCCAGCCGAAAAUCUGCAGCGAGGACCUUGAGGGAGCAGUGAAGCUGCCGGCCUCUGGGGUGAAGACCCGCUGCCCACCCUGCAACCCAGGCUUCUUCAAAACCAGCAACAGCACCUGCGAGCCCUGCCCUUAUGGCUCCUACUCCAACGGUUCUGACUGUGCCCACUGCCCUGCCGGGACCGAACCUGCCGUGGGGUUUGAAUACAAGUGGUGGAACACGCUGCCCACAAACAUGGAGACGACCGUCCUCAGUGGGGUCAACUUUGAGUACAAGGGCAUGACAGGCUGGGAAGUGGCUGGCGAUCACAUUUACUCGGCCGUCGGAGCCUCCGACAAUGACUUCAUGAUCCUCACGCUGGCCGUGCCAGGGUUUAGACCUCCGCAGUCGAUGACGGCAGACACAGAGAAUAAGGAGGUGGCCAGAAUCACAUUUGUCUUUGAGACCAUCUGUUCCGUGAACUGUGAGCUCUACUUCAUGGUGGGCGUGAAUUCUAGGACCAACACCCCCGUGGAGACAUGGAAAGGUUCCAAAGGCAAACAGUCCUAUACCCGCUCUAUUGAGAAUAACGCCACCAUGAGCUUCACCUGGGCCUUCCAGAGGACCACCUUCCUUGAGACAGGCAGAAAGUACACCAGUGACGUGGCCAAGAUCUAUUCUAUCAACAUCACCAAUGUCAUGGACGGCGUGGCCUCAUUCUGCCGUCCAUGUGCCCUGGAGGCCUCCGACACGGGCUCCUCCUGCACUUCUUGUUCUGCCGGUUACUACAUUGACCGAGAUUCGGGAACCUGCCGCCCCUGCCUCCCUAACACGGUCCUGAAAGCCCACCAGCCUUAUGGCAGCCAGGCCUGUGUGCCCUGCGGCCCAGGGACCAAGAGCAACAAGAUCCACUCUCUGUGCUACAAUGACUGCACCUUCUCACGCAACACUCCGGCCAGGACUUUCAACUACAAUUUCUCCGCGUUGGCGAGCACUGUCACUCAUGCCGGAGGGCCAAGCUUCACUUCCAAAGGCCUGAAAUAUUUUCAUCACUUUACCCUGAGUCUCUGUGGAAACCAGGGUAAGAAAAUGUCUGUGUGCACCGACAACGUCACUGACAUCCGGAUUCCCGAGGGUGAGUCAGGGUUCUCCAAAUCCGUCACGGCCUACGUGUGCCAGGCAGUCAUCAUCCCCUCAGAGGUGACAGGCUACAAGGCCGAGGUGUCCUCACAGCCUGUCAGCCUUGCGGAUCGACUUAUUGGAGUGACAACAGAUAUGACUCUGGAUGGAAUCACCUCCCCCGCUGAACUUUUCCGCCCAGAGUCCUUGGGAAUACCGGACGUGAUCUUCUUUUACAGGUCCAACGACGUAACCCAGUCCUGCACUUCUGGGAGAUCAACCACCAUCCGCGUCAGAUGCAACCCACAGAAAGCUGCCCCUGGAAGACUGUCACUGCCGGGCUCGUGCUCCGGCGGGACCUGCGACGGCUGCAGCUUCCACUUUCUGUGGGAGAGCGUGGCUGCCUGCCCGCUCUGCUCUGUGGCUGACUACCACGCCAUCGUCAGCAGCUGUGUGGCUGGCAUCCAGAAGACGACCUAUGUGUGGCGAGAACCAAAGCUGUGCUCGGGGGGCCUCUCCCUGCCUGAGCAGAGAGUCACCAUCUGCAAAACCAUAGCUUUCUGGCUGAAAGUGGGCAUCUCUGCGGGCAUCUGCAUGGCUGUCGUGCUCGCCGUCUUGACCUGCUACUUUUGGAAGAAGAAUCAAAAACUGGAGUACAAGUACUCGAAGCUGGUGAUGAAUGCCACCCUCAAGGACUGUGACCUGCCGGCCGCCGACAGCUGUGCCAUCAUGGAAGGCGAGGAUGUGGAAGAUGACCUCAUCUUUACCAGCAAGAAGUCACUCUUUGGGAAGAUCAAAUCCCUUACCUCCAAGAGGACUCCUGACGGAUUUGACUCGGUGCCGCUGAAGACAUCCUCGGGAGGCCCAGACGUGGACCUGUGAGGGGCACUGGCCUGCCCGCCUGCCUCCCUGGCCUGGCACCUCACCUGGCAGGCCUGUGGCAUUUCAGGCAACACGUGCUGCUGGAAACCUCUUCAUUGUGGCCUUAUCAAAAGAAGUUUGGAUUUCAGAGUUUUGUGUUUUUUUUUUUUAUGGACUCCCCAAACCCUCCCAUCUGCUUGCCUCAAACCCGCUAAAUAUACCCAAAGUUUGUUUAUACGUUA